AUGCCUCAACCAAGCGGUGACGUGACUGCCUUGUUCUUGGGGCCCCCGGGCACCGGAAAGUCCGCGUUGAUCGCAGCGCUGUGCGACAAGGAUGUGGAAACAUUGGAGCCUCCCGAGGGACAGUUGGACUCGGGGGUCCCCAGCCUGCGGGCGGCGGGUCCAGGCCUCUUUCUGGGCGAGCUGAGCUGCCCACCCGCAGCUCCAGGGCCCUGGGCGGCGGAGGCCAACGUGCUGGUCCUGGUGCUGCCCGGACCCGAGGGGAACGGGGAGAUUUUGGCUCCAGCACUGGGAGAGGCAGCGCGAGCUGCCCUCGCCCGUGGGACGCCACUGCUGGCAGUACGGGUUCUCCAUGCCGGGGAUUCACAGAAUGAAGCCCAAGCCCGAGAUCAGACAGCGAUGCUGCUGGAAAGCGCUGGGUUAGGAACCGUGCCUCUCUUCGUGUUACCAGCCAACUGUAGUGGCAGCAAUGGAGGCGAGGAGCUAGAGAGACUGCGUGUAGCUGUGCAGAGCCAAGCGGCAGCGUUGCAGAGGCUACUACCACCUGCCCAGGAUGGCUUCGAGGUGCUGGGUGCGGCAGAACUGGAGGCUGUGCGCGAAGCCUUUGAGACAGGCGGGCUGGAGGCAGCGCUGUCCUGGGUGCGCGCUGGGCUGGAGCGGCUCGGCAGCGCACGUGUGGACCUGGCUGUGGCUGGCACAUCCGACAUAGGCCUUGUGCUGGACUUACUACUGGGUUUGGAUCCUGGAGACCCCGGUGCUGCGCCUGCUGGUGUGCCUGCGGUACCUACACCAUACCCGGCCCCUGAGCGUCCCAACGUGGUGCUCUGGACUGUGCCUCUGGGCCCCGAGGGUGCUACCGACGCUGCCUCUACACUCCAACCAACUCACUACGAUGCAGUCCUCCUCAUCACACCUGGGGCUCCCACUGAGAAGGACUGGGCACAGGUCCGCGCCUUGGUACCUCCAGAUGCGCCCCUGGUCUGCGUGCGCACAGACGGCGAGGGUAAAGAACCAAAGUUUUUGGAAGAAGAUAAAACGGUGGAGAAUCCCUGUGAUGGAGAGAGCUUAGAGAAUGGAGGCGGAGCGGGGAUGGACAAUCCACUCAGUGAGGGAAGGGAAAAACCGGGCUCUGGGUCACCAAAGGCAGGCAGUGCGAGCGGUUCAGAGAAAGCAGGCAGCGACAGUUUGCAACAGGUUGGCGCUUCUGUGAAGAAAUCGGGCGGCGGGGAUGCAGAUCCUGUCGUUCCGUUGAGCCCAGAGGACGAAACGUGGGAGGUGCUGGAGGAGGCGCCGCCACCAGUGUUCCCACUGCGUCCUGGUGGGCUUCCCGAGCUUUGCGAAUGGCUGCGGCGUGCGCUGCCCGCCAGCCAGGCAGGGGCGCUGCUGUUGGCACUGCCCCCAGCGUCUCCAGCCGCAGCCCGAACCAAGGCCUCCGCUCUGCGAGCUGGAGCAUGGCGGCCGGCUUUGCUAGCUAGCCUGGCGGCGGCAGCAGCACCAAUACCUGGGCUGGGUUGGGCGUGUGAUGUGGCACUUCUGCGGGGCCAGCUGGCGGAGUGGCGGCGAGCUAUGGGGCUCGAACCAGCAUCUCUGGCGCGACGUGAGCGUGCGCUGGGCCUGACUCCUGGGGAGCUGGCAACUCGGGCACACUUUCCUGGCCCGGUGACGCGCGCUGAGGUGGAAGAAAGGUUGGGCGCGUGGGCAGGUGAGGGCAGGGCUGGAGGUGCGGCUCUGGGAGCGCUUUCCUUCUUGUGGCCUGCAGGCGGCGCAGCGGCCACCGGGGGUCUGGGCUACCGCGCAGCCCACGGUGUCCUGCUGCAAGCCCUGGAUGAGAUGCAGACCGAUGCGGAGGCUGUACUAGCACUCCCUUCGCACUCACAGUAA